GGAUUUUAAAAAAUCGAAGUUAAACAGGUUCAAUGUUCAACUCAUUAAGAUGGCAAAAAUAUUGUAUGAUCUGAAAGAAGAAAAGGAAGAAGUUCAAGAUCAAAAUGAGCAAAACAGAUGCUACAACAAAAACACACAAGAUCUGCCAAAUCCAACUGGAAUUGGUCUGGUAAUGCCAAACUGUGCAGAUAUUAAAUAUAAGCAGACUUACAAUGAUUGUGAUGGAAAUGAGGAGACUUACAAUGAUUGUGAUGGAAAUGAGGAGACUUACAAUGAUUGUGAUGCAGAUGAUGAAGAAUAUAACAAGACUAGUGACAUUGAAAAAUGUCAGGAUGCAAAUUUACCUAAAGGUGUAGAUGCAUUUGAAGGUUACAAUUUGAAAGUUGAGCUAGGAACUGUGAUCAAUACAUCAGAGGAGUUAAGUGAUGAAACAACCAAUUUUAACAAAGAUAAGGAGAAUAUCAACUGGUGCACAGAAAAUGGUUCAGAUGAAUACAUCAGCAUUAUACCAAAUGAGGAAAACCAAGUUUGGAGCAAGUUUGGUGAGAAGUUAUUUCAGUACUUUAACUAUGGUGAUAGCAGACAACAGCCACCACGUUUUCAAAGCACAGAACAAAAUGCCAUUGUGGUAAUCAAUGUGAAUGAAAAUGAUAUCAGCAGAAGUAAGACCAGCAGAAGUAAGAGAUUGAAAGAAACUGCCAAAUGGGAUGUUGAUCAACUUCUUAUGGAAACAUUAAGUCUGUUCAUUAUGUGCUUUGCGAUCUUUUGCAAUAUAGGUUGUGGCUCAAAGAUCAAUUACAUGAGAAAAUCGAUGGUGUUGAUGGCAUACUUGAGCCUAUCUGCUUCAACUGAAUUCAACAAAAAACCUGAAUACUUGGAUUGUCUUAGUAAACAGAAAUGGAAAAUGGACGCUGAAAUCCAUGAUGAGAAUAAACCUCCUGAUUUUGAGCAAUUAUGUUUCUCAAAAGUUGAUGUACGUGUAUCACUGACAAAAUUUCAUCAAUAUUCAACAUGGAAAGAAGUUGGAAAACUGAGAACUUGGACAAUAGAAGAUCAAAAUCCAACCAGUAAAGUGACAGCUCUUGUAUAUAUGAUAAGACAUUCCAGCCAGCCCUGUACAAUCAAUUGCAGAAGUUUGAUUGAAAAUUCAAACAAAGUUUUUCCUCAUGUGUUAGAUGUACACCAAUAUAAAGCAUGUGUCUGUUUGGAUACAAAGUUGUAUUUAAUACAGUUGGGAGGUGAUGAAGAUAAAGGAUGUGGUUGUCAUUACAAUAAAUUCUGUUCAAAAGAUACGCAGAAAGGCUGUGAAUAUAUUUGCACAAACAAGGAUGGAGUCAGUUGUGGAAAAAUUCAGUCUUUAUAUUCUAAAACUAAUCUAGCUGAUUCAGUAGAAGUUCUUGAGACACUGAAAAAAUAUAUACAGGUUCUAUUUGUCUUUGAAGUUGUCCUUUUGCUAGAGAUUGUUGAUUCAGUUGUUCCAUGGAAAAAGUGGUUAUCAGUUAAAAAUGUAGACCUAAUGACAUUGAUGUUAAGGCCUCUAAGUGAAAUACAAAAUGAUGGUGAAAUCCAAAGAGCAGUUCAUGAUGAAGAUGAAAUUCGAAGAGAAAUUCAAAAUGAAUGUCUGUUGAUAGGGAUUGUUGAUUCAGCUGUUCCAUGGAAAAAGUGGUUAUUAGUUAAAAAUGUAGACCUAAUGAUAUUGAUGUUGAAGACUCAAAGUGAAAUUAAAAUACAAAAUGAAAGAAAUGAUGGUGAAAUUCAAAGAGCAGUUCAUAAUGAAAAUGAAAUUCAAAAUGGAGGUGAAUGUCAAAAAGCAGUUCAAGAUGAAGGUGAAAUUCAAAGAAAAAUUCAACAUGAAGGUGAAUUUCAAAGAGCAGUUCAUGAUGAAGAUGAAAUUCGAAGAGAAAUUCAAAAUGAAUGUCUGUUGAUAGGGAUUGUUGAUUCAGCUGUUCCAUGGAAAAAGUGGUUAUUAGUUAAAAAUGUAGACCUAAUGAUAUUGAUGUUGAAGACUCAAAGUGAAAUUAAAAUACAAAAUGAAAGAAAUGAUGGUGAAAUUCAAAGAGCAGUUCAUAAUGAAAAUGAAAUUCAAAAUGAAGGUGAAUUUAAAAGAGCAGUCCAAAAUGAAGGUGAAAUUCAAAGAAAAAUUCAAAAUGAGGGAUUUAGUGAAAACAAAGUUGACAAAAAGGACACUUGGUUACUAAGACUAGGAAGGGAAAUGAUAAAAAGUGUUGAAGUCUUCUGUGGCAAUGCAACUACAAUUCAAGAACCUGUGCCAGCAAGAUUGCUUGGAAUGACAAAGCAAGAAACCAAUAACACUGCAAGAUUUAUCAGUCCUGUGAAGAGUGUUGAAAUAGAUACAAGUCCUCAUUUUUGUCUACUUUGCAAAGACUUACCAACUUCCUUUGGAUUGUUUUUGUGUAUGCAAGAAAAAUAUAAAUCAAAUAUGCAAAAGGAAUUCUCCCAUGAUGUUGAGUUUAUAUUUCAAUAUAAUGAUUCAGAACAUAAAACAUUUGAAGAAGUAGACAUGCUUACAGAUACAAAUAACUUUAUUGAAAUUCAUAGUUCUAGAUAUACAAAAGAAUUUUCGUCAACCGAGAAUGAAGAGUUAAAUAAUCAAAAAGUAUUGAUAGGGUCUCUUGAAAAUGGAUUUGGUGUUAAGUUAGGGAACAUCAAUAGGGAAAGUAGUGGUUCUGUAUCCAGAGAUAUUCACAGGUCAUACCGAUUAUCAACUCAUUGUCCGGUUCGAGGAUAUGACUGUAAUUCAGUGCGAAAGCUUAGAGUGCAAGUUGUUCCAAAUCAAUUGUUACAAUCUGAAGAGCAGUGUGAUGUCAAAGUUGUUCAAGGUACAAGUUCAAAGCCAUGGGAAAUAAAUCAAAACAAUGAUAUCUUUUUCAAUCUGAAAUAUAAAGUGAAUGUAGAAAAAUCGCCAAAGAAGAAAAUUGACUGCACAUUGCAAGAAGAGGACUUUGAUCAAAUGAUGUUACUGAGAGGAAUAACAUGGUUGCCAAUAGAUCAGCUACCAGUACCUGAAAUAGAUCUUACAGUUGCACACCUUACAAAUUUUGAACCUAUAAUGGAAAUUAUUGACCUAAUUGCUGCAGGAACACCACCAACACCACACAUCUCUAUGAGGUAUGAACUUCUUCGUUUCUGUACCUUACGUAGCUAUCCGAAGGAAGACAAACCAUAUCUUAUCAAGUUAGCUGAAGCUGGUUUUUAUUAUGCAUCAGAUGGUGAUGGUGUUGUCUGCUAUUGUUGUGGAAUUCGUAGAUAUAACUGGACAGCAGAAGAUAACCCUAAGAAAAUUCAUGAGAGGAUAAACCCAAGCUGUAAGUUCUUGAGAAAAAAUGAGGAAGUGAAUGUACCAGUGCAGUACUUUGGACCAUACAGUAAAGAAUUAAUGGCUAUUAUGGAGAUACCUGAACCUAUAGAAAGACCUCAGGUCAGUGAAGAUGUAAAUAAUGACUGGGCUCCUGAGAGAAUUCGUACUCCAGCAUCACAACAACCAAACAGACCUAAUGAAUCAGGAACAAAUGCACUUGGUAUAAAUACAGCUAUACCUAAGCAUUCUCAGUAUGCUACAAAGACAGCUAGAGAAGCUAGUUAUAGUACAUGGCCUGAUACAUCCAGCCAUACACCAGAGGUACUUGCUGAUGCAGGCUUCUUCUAUGCUGGUUUUGGAGAUUGUGUCCGAUGUUUCUAUUGUGGCAUUGGAUUGCGUCAUUGGACAGCAGAAGAUGACCCUUGGAUAGAGCAUGCUCGGUGGUCCAAGAACUGUGUGUUUGUCAAACAGAAGAAAGGAGAAGAGUUUGUGAACCUUGUCCAGUUAGCAGUACAAUAUUCUCAAGAUGUUAGUAGCAAUUUUUAUGUUCUUCACAUACAUUUUGUAUGGUUGUCAACUUCAAGAUUUAUAUGCUUUUAACUAAUUAUAUUUUUG